AUGACAUCCGCUGGUGUAUGGUCUCCCGGGAUGACCCUGCCACGUAGUCACCUUUCUGCAGGACAUUGAAGUCAACGUGCGCCCAUCAACACUCCUCCUGCCGCAACCCCGAAGCCUCACGGCGAAGUCGUGCAGAGCCACAAGAGUGUGCCAACGAGCCGGGCAGCAAUGGCUGGCCGGAGUCUGCUGCCGCUCCUGCGUCUGGUGUUCCUCGUCAUCGCGCUCGAGGCGUCUUCAUUAUCUUCAAGUUAUACAUCGACUCAUCGCAGUAGCCUCUCUUCUUGGUCACCCUCUCUUCACUCACGAGUCAACGGAUCUACGAUAAAUAGUUACAAGAUGAAAAGAGAGUUACCCAAUGCAUCAGAUUCUGAUCAAGGUCGCGGCGAGAAACUUGAUAAUGAUCCUGGACCAAUGGAGAUGCCCUGUAAAGAUGGACACCCCGGGCUGCCAAGCUUCAAGGACCCGCCACAUGUGAAAUCCAUCACGGAAAAAACUGCGACGGUGUUUAUCUACCCUUUCACGACACAGGAUUACAUUGAGGAUAUGUUCAAUGGCAGCCAGUUCUCCUACGUGCUGCAGUUUUGGGAAGAUGGGAGCAGCAGGCUCAAUGAGGAGAACAGAACAUUUGAAGGGACAUGGCGAGGGUACACGUACACGUUCUCUGGCCUGACACCGGACACGACGUACACAUUCUCUGGCCUGACAACGAACUCGGGGAACUGGGUCUCUGGCAUAACAGUGAACACGGGGUACAGGUUCUCUGGUUUGACACCGAGCACAAAUUACCACGUGCAGGCGCUGGUGAAGGUGACGGUGGGCGGCAAGACCUGCACGGCUGACAUGAAGGAGGUGAUGGCCAGCACCUUCACCACUUGUCCAGAGCCGCUGGUGCCUGAAGGACUGUCAGCCACCAGUUACUCCAGCACAAGUAUUGCUGUAGAAUGGUCG